AUGUGUAGACAGCCCGGGCUACUCCCCAGGCUCCCCACUCCAAGCAGCCCCCCCCUCCUCUAUGGCAGGCCGUGGUUGGACUGGUCUACGUUGGCAGAUACGCCCUGGGCAGGGUUGCGCACUCCGAAGGUGUGUAAGUUUUGUGACUUCACGUUUGAGGGCGGAACCACUCGCUACGCGGUUCACCUGGCGAAAUGGAAAGGGCAGGAGAAACGCGCUGUCCGGCUUUGCAAGAAGGUGUCCCCGGUAGUCAGUGAAGAAGUGCGCGGCAUGUGCGAGGAGAAGGCGGAAAAGCAGGGCGUGAAACAAGGGGCGGCCGCUGCAGCAAUUGACUCCGCGCUGGGCGCGGUCACUGGUUCAUCAGAGAAGAAGGGGAAGAUUACGUCCUUCGGUGAUGAGGCAGCGUGCGCCAAGGAGGAUGCGGAUAACGCCCUCUGCCUUUUGAUCGCGGCGUUGAGACUUCCCAAGCGCAUCGCGGAUGACCCGGUGUUCCGCUACGCGGUCCAGUGCAUUGCGCGCGCUGGACCGGGUUACGUCUCCCCCAACAGGCGCUUCAUUGGAGGGGCAGGCUUGAAGAAGGUGCGGCAGAAACUCGAGGAGGCGCUCACCCCUGUUGCCGCGAGCUGGAAGCGGGACAGGGUCACCGUGUCGUCGAACAUGAUGACUGACCGUUGUGGCCGCCCGCAGGCCAACGUGCUCCUUGUCAGCGACUCUGGCGCAGUUUUCAAGCAGGCGGUCGACUGCCACAUGGAGUCGAAGACCGGGGGGUACAUCGUGAGCCUUCUCCGCCCCGUGAUUGAUAUGGUGGGGCCGGAGAAUGUGGUGGCGAUCUGCACCGAUGGGAGCAGCAACUAUGCCUCGGCAGCCAGGAAGAUUGCGAGCACAUGGCCGCACAUUGAGCAUGUGCCAUGUGCCACGCAUGUCCUCGACCUUAUGAUGGAAGACGUGGGCAAGAUGGGAUGGGCGAAGGGGCUCGUGGAGAAGGGGGGGAUGAUGAUUAACUUUGUGCGCAACCACCACUUCACCCGUGCAUACAUGAAGAAGGGUGGGGGGAAACAGGUACUCAAGCCCGCGGGGACCAGAUUCGGGACGCAGUACAUAGCUUUGGCCCGGCUAUGCGAGGUGAGGGGCGGGCUGGCGAAGAUGGUUCUCAGCGACGAGUGGAAUGAGUGGGCGGUGGGGGACAAGGACAGGAAGAUUGCAACUGAGAAGUUCAAGGCUGCCGUGAUGGAUGAGGAGUGGUGGGGGCUGGCGGGGUUUUUUACCUCUCUCAUGGCGGUGCCGUUCAAGGCCAUGCGGGCCACGAACUCCUCGGCGAAGGGGAUGAUGGGGAAGAUGUGGGACAACUCCCUUGCUUGCCCCAUGCAUGUGGUUGGCCGGAUCCCGAAUCCGGCCAACCAGGUGGAGGGAAUUUUCAGGAACGAUGUGGAGUGCACGCGAGUGUUCAAGGCCUACAUCGAGCGCCACUAUGACAACAAAACCUUCAAGCGUGGCAAGGAUGGCGCCCCUCGCCGCACCUCCCUUGUGCUGCAAGAGGCAUUGCUGGUCUACAUCAACAUGGAGGGCAGCUAUGGCACGCCGGGCGCCAUAUCUGCAAGGGAGGCAGUGAAGAAGGGGGAGAUGAGCAUGGUGCAGUGGUGGUCGUGGCACAGCACCGAGUACCCUGAGUUGGCCGCCCUCGCAUGCCGGGUGCUCACUCAGCCCGUCUCGGCUUCCCCAUGCGAACGUGGCUGGGUGCAGUGGGAAGGCGUCCACACCGCCCGCCGCAACCGCCUCAGGUCUACCAAGUGUGCGGACCUCGUCUACAUUGCGCACAACUGGAACGUUGUGCGCGAUUGGUACAAGAAGGAUGGGGGCAGCACGGUUGUGCCCGGUAACAUCCCGGAUGCCCCAAUCCCUCGCGGCUACAACAUGGACAAGGAGGAGGAUGACCUGCUGGGGGGGAAGGAGAGGAUGCAGUUCUGGCGGAUGAGUAUGGGGCAGGGGUGGUGUUGGAAAAGCCCCGCAAGGAACUCGGCUGUGUGGAGGCUAGCUAGAGGGUGGGGAGGGGAUGUAUGGGGUGGGGAGAAGUAG